AUAACACGUAGCGCAUGCGCGUAGUCCGCUGCUUCUCGCUCUUGCUCAGUCCACAAGGCACAGUCCGGGCAGCAGUCGUGGUCUCGGUUGAAUCAGAAUGGCGACGUCGUUAGGAUCAAAUACCUAUAACCGGCAGAACUGGGAGGACGCGGAUUUUCCAAUUCUUUGUCAGACAUGUCUGGGAGAAAAUCCAUAUAUUAGAAUGACCAAAGAAAAAUAUGGCAAAGAAUGCAAGAUAUGUGCUCGCCCCUUCACAGUGUUUCGAUGGUGCCCAGGGGUGCGCAUGCGCUUUAAGAAAACAGAAGUAUGUCAGACUUGUAGCAAGUUAAAAAAUGUCUGCCAGACCUGCCUUCUAGACCUUGAGUAUGGGCUUCCAAUUCAAGUACGAGAUGCAGGGAUUUCCUUUAAGGAUGAUAUGCCUAGAUCAGAUGUAAAUAAAGAAUUCUACACACAGAACAUGGAGAGAGAAAUCUCAAAUUCUGAUGGAACUAGGCCAAUUGGAGGUCUGGGAAAAGCUCCAUCCAGCAGCGAUAUGCUUCUAAAAUUGGCCCGUACCACUCCGUACUACAAACGUAACCGUCCCCACAUCUGCUCCUUCUGGGUAAAAGGAGAGUGCAAAAGAGGAGAAGAAUGUCCGUACAGACACGAGAAACCUACAGAUCCCGAUGACCCUCUUGCAGAUCAGAAUAUCAAAGACCGUUACUAUGGCAUUAAUGACCCUGUAGCUGACAAGCUCUUGAAAAGGGCUUCAACAAUGCCACGUUUGGACCCCCCAGAAGACAAGACCAUUACUACUCUCUAUGUGGGAGGAUUAGGUGACAACAUCAACGAAUCAGAGCUUAGGAGUCACUUUUAUCAGUUUGGUGAAAUAAGAACAAUUACCGUAGUUCAGCGUCAGCAGUGCGCCUUUAUUCAGUUUGCCACAAGAGGGUCGGCAGAAUCGGCAGCAGAGAAAUCGUUUAAUAAGCUGAUUGUUAAUGGUCGUCGCCUCAAUGUCAAGUGGGGAAGGUCUCAGGCAGCUCGAGGGAAAGAAAGAGAGCGAGAAGGCAUUACAGAUUCUGGACUGAAACUAGAACCUGUUCCUGGAUUACCUGGAGCCUUGCCACCUCCACCUACGGAAGAAGAGUCCUCGGCAAACUAUUUUAACCUUCCGCCGAAUGGGUCAUCUGCUUUGGUUAACAUUGCACUGCCGCCACCUGGAUUAACUGCUCCACCCCCAGGAUUUAGCCCACACAUGUUUCCACCUAUGGCUCCACCUCCAUUCCUCCGUGCACCUGGCCAUAUUCACUAUCCCUCACAAGAUCCACAGCGCAUGGGAGCGCAUACGGGCAAGCCGAGCAGUGCCUGAGGAUUUUAACUAUAAAGGAAUGCCACUAACAAAUCAGUGGCAAAGAAACAAGAAGUGUGAAGAGACUUCUUGUAACCUUGUAGCUGCCACAGAGGGUGAUGGACACCAAAUGUAUAGCAAUCUACUACUAAUCCAUCUAGUAACAGAAGUGAAAUGAGGACACUUGUAUGGAACAUAUUGGCUUUUAAGGGUACAGUCACACAUACCGCAUCCGCUGCGGAAUUGAUGCUGUUCAGCUAUUUAUUUGUAUUGAUUUACUAGCAUGAAUUCAGCAGCAGUUAAACCACAGCAAAUACAAUACCUGUGAAUGUACCCUAAAAUUGUAUGUAUGGGUUUUUGUUUUCUUUUUUUUUUUUA